AUGAGCAAGAAAUCACUUAAAAAUCAAGGUACAAAUUUGAAGGAUGAAAGUUCAGAGAAAGAAGAUGAGGAGGAUUUGCAGGCUGCGAUUAAGGAAAUGGUCAAAACCGCCGAUAUAGAAGAAAGACCAGAGACCAGUAGACAUUAUAAGUCUAACGAUCAGGACAAACACAUUCAAAUUCCAUUAGUAAUACAAAAAUCUCAAGCGGAACAAGGGUCGCAAACGGGAGAGAAUUGUGAAGAACCUAAGAAAUCGAAACGUAAACAAAAGAAAGUGGAAAGCGAAGACAGUUGGGCUACACUUCUUAUAAACAGGUUUACCUGGAUUAGGAACCCCAAAACUACUGAAGUCGUGCCGCCCGAACAGGACCAAGCACAACCGACUUCUAGGGAUGACACAGAAAAUAGGAAGCAUAAUAUAAAAUCUUCUACAGACACCUCAAGCGAAAGUCUAGUACGAACUGAUCAUUAUGAGCAUUCUGAAAGAAAAACCGAAGAAAUAUCAUCCAAUAAAAAUCAGUUAAGUGACGAGGCAUCAGGGGAAGAAACACCGGAGUUUCUGGAGAAAUUGCGCAAAAUUGAGGAGGCCUCAAAGCCAAAAACUUGGAAGAGACCAACACCGAUUGUCAUAAAACCCAAUCAGGUUUCUUCAGUAACAAAAAAGGAGAAGGAGAAUGAAGCGGAUAAGAAGCCACCUACUGAUACUCAAGAAAAACAUAGGUAUAUUAAUAUUUUGAAGGUUCCAUUUCAUCGUAAUUUAAAUUAUGCUUCAGAUGAUGAAACGAAUAAUAAGACGACAGUUAAUCAAUUACCUGAAGAUAGGCCCUCCGAGCCUCCAGCUGAAACUCCAGAAAACGAACCAAAAUCACAGAAAAUAUCGGAUGAAAAAUCGGGAGAAAAUCGAGAGAAAAAGACUGCAGAAAAUUCCGAAGAGAAAAGCCGUGAAAGAACAGAUUCGCAAAGGACCCUGACAAUCACGGGACACUCGCAUAUAACCACAAAAUUGGAUAAACACUGUCAUUUUAAGGAGCAGGACUCCAGAGUGGAUAAGGCGGCCAGACGCAAAUUAAUAAUCGCCUGCAUUCUGUGCACCGUAUUCAUGAUUAUUGAGAUUGUCGGCGGGGUUAUUUCCAAUAGUCUGGCCAUUGCCACAGAUGCUGCCCAUUUGCUCACGGACCUCGCCUCAUUCCUCAUCUCACUUUUUGCUUUGCAUCUGGCUGGAAGACCUCCGUCGGAGCGACUUAACUUUGGAUGGUAUCGCGCCGAGGUCAUCGGAGCCAUGAUAUCCGUGUUCUUUAUCUGGGUAAUUACAGGCAUCCUUGUGUAUAUGGCCAUUGUGCGAUGGGUUAACCAAGACUUCGAUCUGGACGCCCAGAUAAUGCUGAUCACCUCGGCGGUGGGCAUAAUAUUCAACGUGAUAAUGGCCCUUCAAUUGCGUCACGGCCACUCGCACUUUACUCCGGGGAAGUUCAAGAGGUCGAAAGUCGCAGAAUCGCAGCCACUGAGUACGGUUUUCUUGGGACCCCAAAAGGGUCCAACAUCGAUGGUGGGAAGGUCUGUGUCCACCCAGUUCCCUGUAAAGGCUGAACAGAACAUCAAUGUGCGAGCGGCUAUGAUUCAUGUGAUCGGAGAUCUCCUUCAGAGCAUUGGCGUUUUUGUGGCCGCUUUGAUAAUAUUCUUUUUGCCGGACUGGGCCUUCAUGGACUCCCUUUGUACAUUCCUCUUCUCGGUGCUGGUUAUUGUGGUUACAUUCAAGAUCCUAAAGGACGUACUCAUGGUCCUCAUGGAGGCCACUCCAGAUUUCCUGGACUACGAGGAGGUCAAACGGACAUUUCUCUCCAUUCCGGGCGUAGAGCACGUUCAUAACCUGAGGAUUUGGGCGCUGUCCAUAAACAAGGUGGCCUUGUCCGCCCACCUGGCCAUUUCCAAGGAUGCCGAUCCUCAGCUGAUCCUCGAGGAGGCCACUAAACUGAUUCACAAGCGGUUUAGGUUUUUCGAGACCACCAUACAGAUCGAGGAGUAUUCGCCGGAUAUGGAGAACUGCGAACAGUGCUUAAGUCCAACGGAUAAAAAUGAAAGACGGAAGUCAGCGGACUUGGAAAAAGGAGUAGCGGAGGUGGACCUGAAAAGGAACCAGAUGCAGAAGCCCUCGGAUCCCGAAAAUGGAUAA